UAUAAAAAGACAGGGGGUUGCCUUGCUUUGGAGAGACCCUCCAUACCAUUUUAAGCUUCUUCUUUUUCCAUUUCUCUGCUCUUCCCUUGUUCUUAAUUAGCUAAGCCAGUUAGCUAGCUAUGGAAAUGAAGACCACGACUAUUGCAAGUGUUUUGAUCUCUGUUCUAGUUGUGUGCCGCUUUUCUUGUGCAGCAGAGCUACUACGACGAUUUCAGCACGCACCCAAAGCCGAUGGAUCUCUUAGCUUUUUGGUUCUUGGAGAUUGGGGCAGAAGAGGAGCCUUCAAUCAAUCUCAAGUUGCUCUUCAGUUUUAGACUAUCACUAGUAUUUUGGAUAUUGAUUUUGUAAUAUCCACGGGGGAUAAUUUUUACGAUAAUGGAUUGACGGGCAUCGACGAUCCAAAUUUCGAAGACUCAUUUACCAAAAUCUACACAGCACAAAGCCUGCAAAAGCAAUGGUACAAUGUUCUGGGUAAUCAUGAUUACAGAGGUGAUGUUGAAGCACAACUGAGUCCUGUUCUCAGAGAAUUGGAUGCCAAAUGGCUUUGCUUGAGAUCCUUCAUAGUUGAUACCGAAAUUGCAGAGCUUUUCUUUGUGGAUACAACUCCCUUUGUUGAUAAAUAUUUCACUCAUCCAGAGGACGCUGUCUAUGACUGGAGUGGCAUAUUACCCCGAAAUGAUUACUUAUCAAAUCUCCUCAACCAUUUGGAUUCAGCAUUAAAAGAAUCUACUGCAAAGUGGAAGAUCGUGAUUGGCCACCACACGAUUAGAAGCGCUGGAUAUCAUGGUGAAACAAAGGAGCUUGUAACACAGCUUCUCCCAAUUCUUCUGGAGAACAAAGUUGAUCUUUACAUGAAUGGGCACGACCAUUGCUUAGAACAUAUAAGUAGUCCCGACAGCCCACUUCAGUUUGUAACAAGUGGUGGCGGGUCGAAGGCAUGGAAGGGUGAAGUUAGCCUGUACAAUCCAAGCGAAAUGAAGUUGUAUUACGAUGGGCAGGGUUUCAUGUCAGUGCAAAUCACUGAAAGCCAAGUGGAUAUUGCAUUCUAUGAUAUUUUUGGCAAUGUCUUGCAUAAAUGGGCCACGUCAAACCAGAUUUACCCUACCAUCACCAUGUAACGCAGACGAGGACGAGGACGAGGACAAGAAGGAGGAGAGCGUCGACUCGACAUGCACCUGCAAAACUACUUAUAUGCUAAGCUCUAAUUAGCCUACUACAACAUAAAUGCCAUUGCCAGGGCUAUACGUAUGUGAUUAAUGGAAACUAGUUUUCUUGUCUUUCCGUCUCCGCUAAUUCACCUUCUUUGAGGAAAGUCAUUAUCUUUGAAUUGAUAGGGCUACAAAACUGCUGGCAAAGUCUAAGAAAGCCUAAUGUAAUAAAUCAUGGGAUUUGGCCAUCAUGAAUGCAUUCAAACAUGGGCAAAUUAUCAGAACAUCCUCCAAAGGAAGGAGAAAAAUUCACUCUUUUCUUGUUACAAACUAGAACAACUGGGAAAGCAACGAAUUAUUUAGCAA